AUGAAUUGUCAAUUUUCAGUUGUUGUUGCUAUGAGUUCCAACAAGAAGGAAGAAGAAGAAGAAGAGAUUGUCGGUGAUGCCACAACUUUUGUGAUUGGAAUAAGUGGAGUUCGAAAACUUCAGGUGUCUGAGAACACGAUAGAGGUUCUUGACUUAAAGCGUGGAUCAAUACCUCAAUUCAUGAACUUGACUCAGCUGCAGAUCAAGAGUUUUGAGACCAUGGGCUGGGGAUCUGUUCCAAAACUUCUCAGAAACUGUCCAAGUUUAGAAGAACUCAUCAUCCAGGGACUCUUCCACAUGACUGGAGAUGGAUGUGGUGAUGUGUGCCUAUGCAGUAUCAUAGAGACUUCCUUGUACCUGCUAACAUCGCCAGUGAAAGUGCUGACGAUUUACGAAAGGGGAGAUGUUAUCAAGGACAGAGAAAGAUUUGCUGGCCAAGUGAGACACUUUUUGCUGACAAUGCCUAAUCUCCAACAAGUGGUGCUGUAUGGGAGACAGGAGAUGGAGGAGUUACUGCUCUCAAAGAAAUUGCCACUCAGUUUAACGUACUUGAAGGCAAAGCUUCGAGAAACGUGGCAAUAAGCGUAGAGUCCGCUUAAGCAAGUGUGUUUCUACCUUUGGCUUUUUGUAAUUGAUUUCAGGAUUUUAGCUGUUUACCUUUCUCUAUUUGGUUGUUGACUAUGGUAGAUAGAAAUAUAAAGACAGGAAACUUUUAUUGGAACCUAUAUUUUGUAUUUCUGUGUAUUUCGAAUUCUGGCUAUAUCAUGGCUACGAAAGCUAGUAUCCUGGCUUCUCUGCCUCCAUGAACCACCGUCUCCGGGAU